UGCCUCUCUCUAUGUAUAAGUAGAUGUAGACUCUAUGGGAAACAUCGGAGUUUUCAACUGAUUAAAAGUCUUGAGCUGAUUGUAGAUAUCCUGUACGUCCUUUAGUCCUAAGACAUCUUUAAAAGAACUAUCAACAGGUUGCCAUCAUGAUAAGCCACCCUCUAGAAAACAGUUGCUCGCUUGGCCAGCAACCCCCAAAAAGUGAGCUGAAUUCGAUGUGUAAACCUUUUCUGCGCCUGCGCCGUGCCCAAGUCAGACUCAUCGAUUUUUCCGCUCAAGAUUUUUCACAGUCAGUUUUCGGGGCAAAGUGCAGUCGAACGUGUUGUCAGCUUAGCAGGAGUUAAGAUCGAAUAAUGCAGCUAAUUGCAAUUGGGGUAUUCAUAAGUCUGGUGCUCGGCUGCAGUGCAGCUAUAAGUGGACCGUAUCUGUUUUGGGGUCACGAGAAGGUAUUCAAUUUGCAACCCCAAGCGUUAGUCGAUGCCAGUAGCAGGGAGCAGCCGCUGACGCAACUGUUCAAGGAUGUCAAGGCGAUAAUAAUUUUUGUGCGCAACGCUACAAGCCGCCUGGAGGGCACUAAAUAUCCCAAGUUUGAAAAUCUGGUGAAGAGCAACGCGUGGACAUAUCUGCCGCAGCGCAGCCUGGCCGUGGAGCCCUACAGCUACAACGCCAACAUUGAGGUCAUCAACCUCAGCGGACUGAGUGAAGAAGACGACGCUGAGCUGCUGACGGGUUACAAUGAUGCUAUAACCAUUUAUGGCCAUGGAGAAGUGCUGGGUAUCUUAGCCAGUCGCGAGGAAGAAGCACACUAUCUGGCCAAGCGCGAGGCCAAGGACGAGGCGAAGGAGGAGGACACAAAUCGUGCCACCACCACACAGUCGACGCUCACUGAGACCGAAGUGACCCAAGUCUAUAUUGCUGAGGGAAAUAAGGCUGUGCUGAUCUUAACCGGACCGCCCGAACUACGUCUGAGCAACGAGACACUGCUGCUGGAGGAGCACAACAAGCACAUCACCUUCGAUGAUCAGCGCUCCAAGGGCUACGGUCGUCUGAGCAUCACCUUCAUGUACAACAGUGAGAAGUGCACGCUGCGCUUCAAGUUCUCGCUGCUGCGUGGCACCUGGCAUAUGCGCAACGUCGAGGUGGAGUACAGGGACUACAAGGCUGUGCUGCCGGCUAUUGGCAAUGAAUAUACGCUGCCAUCGGCGCCGCUGGGAUUCUCCUUCCGCUGCUCUUCCGAGGAGCUGCUUUUUAGCAACAGGAACACCAAUGAGACACAGAUGAACCUGGUGUUGUCCGACUACCAAGUGCAGCCCUGGCUAAAUGGACGCAAAGAGUUUGGCGAUGUCUAUGACUGCGUUGGCUUCAUCACGACACCUAUUUUGGCUGGCCUGCUAGUUGCCGCCUUCCUGCUGGGCAUCCUCUCAUUGGGCAUCACGGCCAUGCUCAGCAUUCAUACGCCUAAUCGAUUCGAAAGCUCCCGCAACAAGCAAAGCUGCUGCAAUAUGUUUGCCCUGAUUACAUUUACGCCUGUUAAUCCGCUGGCUUUGUUCACGUUGGCCAUCGAAUUGUUUCUCAUACAUUUGCUCUUCGUGCUAAUUGUGCUCUAUAUUUAUGUGCUCUGGUAUUAUUAAUGCAGAGCCAUUCAAAUUAAACACAAAUAUAUACAAUAUGAAUACUCCAAGCACGUAAUUUGUUAAUUUAAAUG